GCGCACGUCAGACCGAAUAUUGGCUGGCGUUCAGUUUAAGCGCCGAAUUCAAUUAUAUGGGACCUUUUACAUAGACUAGGAUAGAUAAGUCUCAUUAAAUAACAAUAUAUAAACCGAAGUCUUUAUAAUUAUUGGUUGUUUCCCAUUUUUAAAGAAAUGCAUUUGGAAUUAAAUCUAUAAACAAUUAGAAAAAGAUAAGUGCUGUGUUACUUCGACAUGUGAUUGAUUUUUUUGGUUUCAUCAGUUAUUAUCUGCCCUUUGAAACUAUAAACAUGAAAUUGCUACGUUUAUCUGAAGAAAACGUGGUUGGUUCCAUUCCAGCCAAAGCCACUCAGGUGAUGAUGUACCAUGAUAGAUAUACAGCUGGAGAGACCACGGGAGGUCUAAGCGUGAUCUUCACGAUGAUGUGCAUCAUUGAUUUAUUUGGAGUGUUUCCUGUGGUAGCAUUGCCGAAAAGCAUUAUAUCGUGUGGAAUUUAUGGCAUUCCUUUGGUCCUGGCUGUGGUCGCGCUACAGCUCUAUACUGCGGUGCUGCUCGGAAGAAGUUGGAUUUUAGCACACGAUAUCUCACCCAAUAUUAGAGAGAAGAGUCGAUUUCCAUACGCAGCAGUAGCAGAAUUAGCAUUUGGAAAGACUUCUCGCAGAAUUGUCACAUUCUUAAUUGAUGCUACUGUUUUCAGCGCGGGCGUUCCCAAUUUCAUAUUUGCAUCGCAAAGCAUGCAGUUAUUCUGGUGGAAAAUAACGGAUGGAGACGUGGGCAUCACAUACUGCGUAUGGAUGGUCGUCAUUGGUCUAUUACUCUGCCCAGUUAUGUGGCUUGGUUCACCCAAGGAUAUGAAGCCUCUAGCGUUGACAUCAGUAUUCAUUGUAACAACAGUGGCUAUCUCCACAUGGACCUGCAUAAUUAAUGACGAUAAGUCCCCUCCUCCGUCAGGGGACGUAGUAGCCUAUAUGCCUAGUACUAGAGACUUCCUGGUGGCUUAUGGCAUCAUGGUUUAUCAGUUCGACAUCCACCCAAUGCUGCUUACCCUGCAAGUGGACAUGAAAGACAGUCGUCGUAUUCACUCGGCCGUGUUGGGAGGGUUCGCAGUUACAGGAAUCAUGUUCACGGUCACCUCAUUCCUAGCAGCCAAGAGAUAUGGGAAUAAUGUACAGAGCAAUAUACUACAAGGGUUGCCCCCAUCAAUAACUCUAUACAUAGUGGCUCUUCUCGUCACAUUGCAACUCUGCCUUUCGAGUGCCGUCGGCAACUCAGCCCUGUUCCAACAUGUUGAAGAUCUGCUUAAAAUACCAAGAGAAUUCUGUAUACAACGGUGCUUAAUUCGGUCGAGUAUCAUCGCACUCGCAGUAUUUCUAGGGGAGUCCGUGCCAAGAUUCGAUCUAGUGAUGGGCUUAAUUGGCUCAACUCUUACCGGUCCUCUAAUGUUUAUAUUUCCACCAUUAUUUUUCCUUAGAUUGUGUUAUAAAAAGUCCUCUGUACCAAACAGUGCAUUGCCAUAUAGUAAAUUAAAGACUGACAAUCUCCAUAAAGUGACGUUGGGAGAACUCAAAAACGGCAAAGAUCCGUCAAAAAUGGCGUUGUUUAUGCAUUCAUUUGACACGAAAUACAAGACAUUUACCAAUACGUUAGGUAAAAUGGGCGAAAACGAUAUGGAUGAAUAUAAUAUAAAAUGGUAUGACAUAGUAUUAGCAGUUCUUGUUAUGUUAUUGGGUAUAUUGGCCACUGCUUUAGCGACAUAUUCAAGUUGGUCAGAUGCGAUAUCGUCAGCAUCUUUUUCACCACCCUGUAUAGUCAAUUCUACCGCUGCCGCGAGGAGUUUUAUUGAAAGAAACAUUCGAAUGACGUAAAAUAACUAAGUUAUCUAACGUUGUAAUACUGCCUGUGCCUACUGUUUAGCCUGACCAGAGGCGUACUUAAGAUGGUGGUCCUAAAAAGAAAGUAAGAUUCCGUAAUAUAAAAUGUGUUUUACUUACAAAAAAAGGCGACUCUUUUCUGUAUGUAAAGUUUGAAAAUCACGAUAGAUUAAAGUGACGGUACAUAGUUUAAUCCUCUGCCAUUAAUAACGCCUAGUAUUUUUAUGUUAGCUAUAUAGUGUGUUGACUUUGGUAAUUUUUACCAUUAUAAUUACAAUCAAUAUAAGUUGUCUUCAACAAUAUUAUGUCUUUGUUGUAUAAUAUAUGCACAAUUGUUUGGGUAAAUCGGACCAGAUUUAGUGUUUGACAGGUGUAUAAUGAAUUUUGUUAUGGUUUACUGAUGUAAAUCAUAUGUAAUCUUAAUCGUCUCUAUGUAAAAAUUACUUAAUA